GUGUCAUUCCUUCUCAGACAUCUGCUCGUGGAUGUUAAAACCCCGAGCACCUUUGGCAGGGACACUGAGCUGUGAAAUCUGCAGCACCUGUGACAGAGGAGCACUCUUUGGGAAAAAAGUUGUCCAAGGAGAAGCAGCAGCUUCAACUCGUGUCCUAUUGGAGACAAGUGAAUCUGAAGUUAUAUAUUAUAUAAGACGUAGGUGAUGACAGCAGUUUAUCAUUAACCUGGACUCUGCAAGAAGCACAUAAGGAGAGAAAGAAGAAAGCCAGAGAAGCAGCCAGGAUGGAAUCCAUCAUAAGGAUCAACAAUGCUGCAGACAUCUCUGUCAUUGUUCUCUACUUUUUGGUAGUUCUGGCAGUGGGACUAUGGGCGAUGUACUCCACCAACCGGGGCACAGUGGGGGGGUUCUUCCUGGCUGGCCGGAGCAUGGUGUGGUGGCCGAUUGGUGCUUCUCUGUUUGCCAGCAACAUUGGCAGUGGGCACUUUGUGGGAAUAGCAGGAACAGCAGCAGCUGGAGGAAUUGCCAUUGGAGGAUACGAGUGGAAUGCUCUGGUAUUUGUGGUGGUUCUAGGAUGGAUCUUUGUGCCCAUCUACAUCAAGGCUGGGGUGGUGACAAUGCCAGAGUACCUGAGGAAGCGUUUUGGUGGGAAGCGGAUCCAGGUCUACCUGUCACUCCUGUCCCUCCUCAUCUAUGUUUUCACAAAGAUCUCAGCUGACAUCUUCUCUGGGGCUGUAUUUAUCCAGCUGGCCAUAGGGCUGAAUCUUUAUUUGGCCAUAAUUAUCCUGCUUUCUAUUACUGCCCUUUACACCAUCACAGGUGGCCUUGCAGCUGUGAUUUACACAGACACCCUACAAACCUUCAUCAUGGUGUUGGGAUCCUUUAUUCUCAUGGGAUUUGCAUUUGCUGAAGUAGGAGGCUACGAGGCUUUCAUGCAGAAGUACAUGGCAGCCAUUCCCUCCAACACCUCCUACGGAGGCACGGCGGUGGAUCCCGCGUGCUACACGCCCCGCAGGGACGCCUUCCACAUCUUCCGGGACCCGGCCAGCGGGGACCUGCCCUGGCCAGGGGUGCUCUUUGGCCUCAGCAUCCUUGCCAUGUGGUACUGGUGCACUGACCAGGUCAUUGUGCAAAGAUGUCUCUCUGGCAAGAACAUGUCCCAUGUGAAGGCUGGCUGUAUCCUGUGUGGGUACCUCAAACUCUUGCCCAUGUUCAUCAUAGUGAUGCCUGGGAUGAUCAGCAGGAUUUUGUACCCAGAUGUGGUGGCUUGUGUUGUGCCUGAAAUCUGCCAGAGCUACUGUGGCACCUCAGUGGGCUGCACAAACAUUGCUUACCCAAAACUGGUAGUGGAGCUUAUGCCAAAUGGUCUGCGGGGUCUGAUGCUGUCAGUCAUGCUGGCCUCCCUCAUGAGCUCCCUGACAUCCAUUUUUAACAGUGCCAGUACUUUGUUCACCAUGGACAUUUACACCAAAAUCCGGACGCGGCCGUCUGAGAAGGAGCUGAUGCUGGCUGGCAGGGCAUUUAUGUUACUCUUAAUUGGCAUCAGCAUUGCCUGGGUUCCCGUGGUGCAGUCAGCUCAGAGUGGGCAGCUCUUUGAUUAUAUUCAGUCUGUUACCAGCUACCUGGGACCUCCCAUUGCUGCUGUUUUCCUGCUUGGUGUCUUCUGCAAGCGUGUCAAUGAGCAGGGUGCCUUCUGGGGCCUGAUCAUUGGGCUGCUGGCUGGACUCAGCAGGAUGAUUGCAGAGUUUGCCUAUGGAACUGGCAGCUGUGUGGCCCCUUCCAACUGCCCCUUCAUCAUCUGUGGCAUUCACUACCUUUACUUUGCACUGAUCCUCUUUGGGGUUUCUGCCAUCGUCAUCCUGGCAGUCUCCUUCAUGACCAAGCCCAUUCCUGAUGUACAUCUUCACCGCCUGUGCUGGUCCUUGCGGCACAGCAAAGAAGAACGGAUUGAUCUUGAUGUGGAUGAGGAGCAGGACAGAGCUGAUGAAAAAGAUGAUGAAUCAGUUAAUGAGGAAAACCAGCAGGACCCAGGAUGCUGUAGGAAAGCUUACAACUGGUUCUGUGGCUUGGACCAACAGAAGGGCCCCAAACUGAGCAAGGAGGAAGAAGAGGCACUGAAGAAGAAACUGACAGACACCAGUGAAGUGCCACUGUGGAGAAACAUUGUGAACAUCAAUGGCAUCAUCCUCCUGACUGUGGCUGUGUUUUGCCAUGCCUACUUUGCAUAACCCCCCAUCACAGUCCUGAAAUUGUACUGCAUUGUUCAAGCAAAACUGAUGGUUUGUAGAUUUACACAAUUAGAUACACAUUGUAUUUUCAUCAUCUGCAUUUGUAAAACAUCAGAGUGAUUUACUCACUGAUUUUGUGAUCAUAAUUUCAACAAUUUAAAGAUGAAGGCUACUGGGAUUUCAAGAGAGAGAAUUUCUAUUUAGACAUUGAACCAAUCCAGGGCUAACUGAGGUUCAGAAUUUCCAUCCAAUAUUCUCUCUGCUCAUGAUACAUUUCAUAUUUUAGGUUCAGAACAAGCCUGCUUGAGCCAUAUUUCAUAUCAGGUUUUGUGAACCACCUUUUAGGGCUCAUGACACUAUUUUGAUUUUCAGCUCUUACUCUGAUCACUCAGUUUUCCUUUUCCUUUGGCUAUGAUAAUUUGAUUGCAAAUAACUCACAAGCACUGAGGGACUGUAUUACAAACUCAAAUUAACACAUUGCUUUUGUCCCUCCAAACAUGGGAUAUCUUAAGUAAAGGGUUUAUGCAUAUGUCAAUGUAUUUGAUAUUGUAUAUAACUUUCCAUUAUCAGUUUCCCCCCCUUUUUCUCACUUUCCAUUGGGUUGUGUUUCUCAGUUGUCAGUGGAACACUAACCUCUGAAUUGAUCACAUUUUGAAACUGGGGAACACCUGUCUUGAUGAUCCUAAAAAGAAUUUUGCUUACAGUAGAUUAUGUGUUUAAGGUUAACUUCCAAAGGUCCUCCUCUCUCGAUAUUUUAAUAUAUACCUUUACUUGAAUGUGAAGCUUUUUAUACAAAAUGCCUGUAUUAUAUAUACACAAGAAUACAUUAUGUAUAUGCACUAUAUAUAUUAUAUAUAUUUAAAAUAUGUGUUUAUGUGUGUGUAUAUAUAUUGAUUUCUUACUGAUCAACUCCCACCCUGGUGUGUCAAGGCCCUCUUUACUGUGGGCUUGGAGUCAAUGUACUUCUCUGUCUAUGGACUGUGCUACAAACCAGCCCAACCCAUGGUGGAACAUCCUCAGCAUUGGAAUGCUGGGCUGCAUUGUGCAGACACAUCAAGGGCUCUGGACUGCUUUUCUGCAAAGCUAUAAAUCUUUCCUCUGAAGAUUUCAUUGAGAAAUAGGAUUCCUGCUGCAUGGCAGCAUGAGUUAGCAGUUCAGGAAAGAGAAUAGUCACAGCUGUGGGAUAUCAGCUAAACCAGGCUGAUUGUCUCUACUCCAUAAGUUUGGUACCAGCUGGGGACACAGGAAAAGACAGAUUUAACACUUCAAAGCAAAAAGCAAUAGAUCCUCUUUUUAUCUCAUUCAGCUUCCUGGGGAAUCAAGUGUAGAAAGAAGAUGCUGGUGGCUCAGUCAGGCAGUGCCACCGUUCCCAGCUCCUUUUUGCACCCGUUGGUGGCACUGCGCUGUCCCCGAGGUUCUGCCUCAGGACACUUCGGGCUGGCAGCUGGAGGGGAAGGCACAGAGCAACCCCUGCAGUGCCACAGCACCCUGCUCUGCCUCCUGGGCUGGCACCACCCUGCUCUGCCUCCUGGGCUGGCACCACCCUGCUCUGCCUCCUGGGCUGGCACCACUGCCACUUCUUCAUCUCCUGGCAGGAUCUUUGCUUCAUUUGGCUGUAACCCCAAACGCUCUGGAUUCCAGCAGAAUUGCUGCUCUUCAGGAGAGUUGAUGCUCUUCAGCAUAAUCCCUGCAGGAUCCUUUGCAUAGGCCAGAUCCAAUCAAAACUUCAGAAAUACCAGUGCAAACCUUAACACAGUGAUAGAGUAUUUUAAAGAGCGUGGAAUUAAUUGUAUUUAAUGAAUGCUGAAGACUUGUAUGUAUUAAAGUAAUUGUAUGUUUUGAAGUAUCUGGUGUCCACCAAGUGAUGGGAUUUUUAUAUAAUAUGAUGGAAGACAGAGAAACUUCAUUUGGUGUCUAGGUUUUGGCUCUGGAUAAUAGUAAUGGAUGAAAAACAAACAAGGAAGAUGUCACUGAGGAUUGCCCAGAUCCCUCUUUGUCAUUCGUUGCUACAAAAAUACAGUGAAAUUAUUCAGCUAUUUGGAUGAAGACAAAGAACACAAGUGAUUGCCUGGCAGUCUGAGCAGCCUUUGGAUGACCUCCUGGUUAAUCAGGCAUCAUUGCAUGACUUUGCUCCUCAGAACCACAGAGUUUUGAAAAUCUAACACACAGCUUCCCAGGGAUAUUCACUGUAUGUCCUCAGCAACCUGAUUUCAUUCUGGUCUGAAGGUGGAUGUUGUGGAGGAAGAGCUCAAAUGUUUACAUAAAGUUUGACAGCUACUGUUGACUCCUGUAAUUUUGCAGAAUUUCACAGAAAAAUUGCCUUAUAUUGUGAACAGUUGAUAAAAUUGUAAUGUUUAGCUAACAUUAAAUGCUGGCUCAGGUUGGUA